AUGGCCUGGCCGUGCAUCAGCCGCGUGUGCUGCCUGGCGCGCUUCUGGAGCCAGCUGGACAGGUCGGACCUGGCCGUGCCGCUCACCAUCCGCAACUACUCGGACAUCGAGGGCCACCGAGCGACGGCGCCUCCGCCCGCCCCGACCCGCGCCGUCCGCGCCCUGCCCGGCAUCGGCCGCCCGGAGCGGCGCCCGCGGGCGGACGGCGGCCCCACCACGUCCUACAGGCAAGAGUAUCGCCCUUGGACUGGAGCGAAACCAUCCAAGCCCAUAAAGACAAAGCAAGGCUUCAUUAUCCCAGAUGACCAUUUUGUUCAGGAGACAAGUUACAAGGCAGACUAUAAGCAGAUCCCAGAGGUGAAGACCAGGUUCUCCCCCAACCCUUCUGCUGUUUUCCAGGCGCCGUCGCGGAUCCUCAACGUGUGACGCAGGGCCUUCCUCGCACCAGGCAGCGGCACAGCGGUGCUUCCGACUGGAUGCGUCACUAUGCACUUCUCACGGGAGCGCUGGGAUCAGAGAACCGAUGUCAGCAGGAGCUGCUCCAGCGACUGGGGAUGGGCAACUCUCCUCCUGUGAGUGCACUGACUGCAAAGCGCUCCAUUCAGAGCCGGCAAGGCGUGACCCAGUUCCUUAGGGAGCGGGUUCCUCGCCGUGCUCGCCGUGCCAGCCGGCGGCACGCUGGGAGGCUGACAGGGCAGCGCAGCCAGCGAGGCACGCAGCAACCCUCUGCUCUGCUGUGUGCAGCGGGAGGGAAAAGUCACAAACGGGAGCAAGAACUAAAACCAAACCCCAGAGCAGCACGGGGCAGGGAGCGCCUGCCUGACUUCUCAGCUUGUAGAGCUGCCUCCUGCACACAUCUCAGCACCAGGCCGCAGCACAAGGGGGGCUGCUCCGAACCCAUGGGUUUGCUGGAGCUGCCAGCAGCUCCGCAUUGGCUGUGCUGGGGGGCUGUGCAUGCAGGGCAGCUGUGUGUGCAGGGCAGUCAACGCACACCGAGCUUCUGGGUGUACAAUACUUGUGGGUUGGAUGUAAAUAUUGCACCUGGAUUUUACCUAAAGCAGUUUGUGACCCUUUAAGGAAAAGGACGUGCUUCUACUUCUAAUAAAUGUUAACUCUUUGCAUAUGCAAGGUAGAAAGUUUUGUCUUGAAAUGCCUACAUUUCUGCCUGCCUAUUGGUGAUGUUAAUGUUAGGAGCAACCAAAAGUGAAUGUUACUUAGAAACUCUUCUUAAAGAAAAACGUUAGCAUAGAACGUGUGACAUCCCUCAUUGCUAAGAUAGGCCAUUUUCAGUGGCAUUACUCUGAAGCUCAUUUUUUAGGUCAGUGCGGAUUUAGCUUUUGCUGAGAUGGUGGAGGUGUGUUUUAAGAAACCAUCCUUCUUAGCCUCUGUUCACCCAGACCGCCAUGGUUUUACUGGUUUACAUGGUUGCUAUCUCAGAGACUCACUGCAAUAUGAUGAGUCUGCUCCUCAUUUCCUGUUUCUACCGAUUAUUUUGGAGAAGAGGAUGCAAAACUUUUCCUUUCUACAUUUGAAAGAUACCAAUACGUUGGCUAAAAUGAAAGGCAAUGCCUCCGACCAAAUGCUGAAAAGGCGCAUUAAUCUGUGACCACAGGGCUCAUUAUAGGGAUUCUCUCUUCACCUUCCCCCAGCUGAGGCCAAUGGCAGACUUAAUGAGCUCUGAGGACUCUGCAAACAUGCAACUGGUGCUGGUAGCUGAUAAGAAGAGUGCUGGAAGCAUCAGAGUGUGGAUGUUACACAGGAUUCAUACAGAAAGCAUCUUCUCAGUGCAUUAGGUGAGAAUCUGGUGUUCCUGGCAGCAUUGGACGGGGGGGGGAGGGGGAAGAGGUUGGUGUUGGCCCCAAGCCCUUGUUUUUGGGCCCCAGGAUGUACAGCAGUGCUUGCCAAAAACAUUUUUCAGGAGGCUCAUUUUUCAGGAAAUUGCACUCAAAGCAUUCAAACUCUGCUAAAGGUUUUGCAUGGCACGCGUUUCUAAGAAGAAAUGAAACUGCUUGAUUAAUCUCUUUGUAAUGUUUUUAACUGUUUUGUUCAAUUUUGGUUCAUUUUAAUCCUGGACUUUAUUAUCAGAAAAAGUAAAAAAAAAAAAAAAAAAAAAAAAAAAAA